AUGGUGCAGCAGCUGCCCCCUCAAGGAGGGUCGAGAAAGAUCUCCUUCAAUGUUUCCGACCAAUAUGAAAUCCAAGAUGUCAUUGGAGAGGGUGCCUACGGUGUCGUCUGCUCCGCCAUUCACAAGCCUUCCGGCCAAAAAGUCGCUAUCAAGAAGAUCACACCAUUCGAUCACUCCAUGUUCUGUCUGCGAACUCUGCGUGAGAUGAAGCUUCUGCGAUAUUUCAACCACGAGAACAUCAUUUCCAUUUUGGAUAUCCAGAGACCCCGCAACUAUGAGAGCUUCAACGAAGUGUAUCUCAUCCAGGAACUGAUGGAAACCGACAUGCACCGGGUUAUCCGCACACAAGACCUUUCCGACGACCACUGCCAAUAUUUUAUUUACCAGACACUGCGUGCCUUGAAAGCGAUGCACUCCGCAAAUGUCCUCCACCGUGACUUGAAGCCAUCGAACUUGCUGCUGAACGCAAACUGUGACCUGAAGGUCUGCGACUUCGGUCUGGCCCGUUCGGCUGCUUCGACUGAUGACAACUCUGGGUUCAUGACUGAAUACGUUGCCACUCGUUGGUAUCGUGCACCGGAAAUUAUGUUGACAUUCAAGGAAUACACCAAGGCCAUUGAUGUAUGGAGUGUCGGCUGCAUAUUGGCUGAGAUGCUGAGUGGAAAGCCGCUCUUCCCCGGAAAGGACUACCACCAUCAGUUGACGCUUAUUCUGGACGUUCUCGGAACACCGACAAUGGAGGACUACUAUGGUAUCAAGUCCCGACGAGCUCGGGAGUACAUUCGCUCGCUUCCCUUCAAGAAGAAGAUUCCCUUCAAGGCCCUCUUCCCCAAGAGCAACGACCUAGCACUAGACCUCCUGGAGAGGCUGCUCGCAUUUAACCCCGCGAAGCGUAUCUCUGUCGAAGAUGCCCUGCGUCACCCUUACCUCGAACCCUACCAUGACCCUGAAGACGAGCCCACAGCACCUCCCAUUCCCGAAGGAUUCUUUGAUUUCGACAAGAAUAAGGAUGCGCUUAGCAAGGAGCAGUUGAAGAUUCUGAUCUACGAGGAGAUCAUGCGGUAG